CUUGUGAUAGACACGGCACAGCAGCAAAACCAGUACCAGCACCUGGGAUCAUAGCAAAUAUCAGAGCAUCAUCACUACCUCGAAACCGUCCUCUUCCUCCCACCUAUCACGGCCGAGCUGGACGUAGCUCGAUCCAGCCUAGCGAAGCAUGUCGUUCACAUCCUUUCUCUACGCUUACCUCUUGGGCGGUCUGACUUUUAUCCCAGGGGUCAUCAUCAUCGUCGUCUACUAUGUAUACACCUACGGCUCGACACCGAUCGGCGAUCCUGAUCCUCUCAAACGGCUAAAGAACCUCCUCGCCGAGACUCAAGGCUCAGACCCGCUGAAGGACCCCGAAAUCGAUCUCCUAACACCUGCAUCCACUCUCAAUGACACAUCCGCUACGACAACCGCUACGGACACGAACCCGUCUACUGAGCCUGGUGGAAAUGAGCCCGGUUUACGAAAUCGGAAUCGUUCUAGCUCUAUCAAACCUGCAGGAACCGUGUUUCCGAGUCCGAAACUCACCGAGAAGCAUCUGACGGGAUGGUUGACAGUCAGGAGGUCCUUCAACCCCUCCAAUACGAAUUCGAGUUCGCGGGGAAGACGAGGGAGUGGGGUAUUCAGCGGGACUAGUACCCCAAAUACGGGCGGGAAUCAGGGCUUGGGUACAGGGCAGGGGCAAGGUGGAGCGGAUACGGUCAUAGGAAACUUCAACCAGGGCUUGUUGGAGACCAGGAGCGAGAAGGCGGCUGGACAAGAUGGAAGUGUCCACGGUCAGCGUCAUACCGGAAAUGGAAGCAGCAACGGGGACUCGGCAGGGAAUCCUGGAGUUACGGGCAAGUAUUCGACGAUGCUGCUCAACUCGUACAGGAGCAUCGUCGAUGGAGCCAAAUCAUCCGACACGGCCUCGUCCGGGAGCUCACAGAAGGGACAAAGAACCGUGCUCGGACCUUCAGGUUCGACCACUAGUAUGCAGCCCCGGCAACCUGCCAUCAAGGAGUUCGUCUUCUGCGCUCUCAAAGGAAGCGUACUUUUCAUGUACGAAGACGCUUCCAUGGAGAAUUGCCUCGGCGUGAUCGGGAUCGAGGGAUACAGCGUUUCCAUCUCCCGUGGCGACUCAGAAGACGAGGGUGGUGAUGGCAACAACGACGAUGAGCUGGAGAUCGGAGAUGAGAUCUCUUCGGAAGAUUCCGAUGCUAUGACCGCCGGAGAACAAGAGAUGCUCGAUCAGAGCGGCAUGUCUAGCGAGGAGAAGCAUCGGGUCAGGUCCAAGGCGACCAGGAGGAAACGUAAACGUGAAGCUCGGGGCGGGAGCGAAUUCAUGGACGGAGAGUUAUUUGCCAAACGCAACGCCGUUGUCUUGAGGGCGGUACCAGCACAGUCUCGGAUGAGACGGACAAAGAGCAGCGUCACGACCGUUCCGGGAUCAGGCAUCCGGAGUGGACCCGCAACGGAGAGACAGAUUGGUGUAGUAUCAGGUAACAAUGUUGCCGGGGACACGACUGCCAAGACUCGGAGUUCGGCCACGGUAUCUGUACCUCUUGAAAACCCUAAACUACAGCGCAAGUCAAGUCUGCCGGGAGGAACGAGUGAUAUGGCAGUCUUGCCUGGAGAAGGGGCGAUCCCUGGUCUUGGUCGGGGAGCAGGACCGCCCAUCAUGGCCCUCACGAAGGGGAUGGACGUUGGGGUGACAGGGAAUGACCUUCCUAGUCAACCUGGAGUCCCGAUUCCCAAGACCGUCCUACAGGAUGAACCACACGAGCGAGAGUCACGACGAAAGGAGAAGCGGAGGCGCGAGGAGAAGCGACUGGAUAUUGAGGCUAGGCCAUGGUAUAUCUUUGCCAGGAACAACGUCAAGCAGGAACAAUGGUAUCACGCAUUGCUACUUCGCUCGCACCCAAACCCGCCAGCCAACAGCAAGAUCCACGUACCCCGACCCACUUUUGACAAGAUCUUCAGCUCGAAUGACAUGCAGAAGUUGAUCGAUACUCUCAACGAAGAUAGCGACUCGAUACCUGUUCGAUGGCUCAAUGCGAUGCUCGGAAGGAUCUUUUUGGGCAUCUGCGGCACGGCAGCGCUCGAAGCAUUCUUCAUCUCGAAAGUCAUGAAAAAGGUCCGUAAGGUCAAGACACCAAGCUUUCUAGGCGAAAUCGUGGUCAAGGAGAUUGACGUGGGCAAGACCCCUCCUUACUUCUCCAAGCCUAUGCUCAAAGAGUUGACAGCAGAGGGGGAAGCGGCUUUCGAAGUGGCUUUGCAUUAUACAGGCGACGUCCGGAUUACGAUUGCAACAACCGCAAUCAUUCCGACAGCAUUCGGGUUCAAGCCCUAUAGCAUCAACCUGGAACUCGUUGUUGUUGUACAGGCCGUUCAUGGGAAUAUUUGCGUCAGAAUCAAGAAGCCUCCCAGCAACCGCAUCUGGUGGGGUUUCACGAAGCCGCCCAAGAUCGAUCUGAGGGUAUUGCCUGUAGUCAGUGAUCGAAAGAUCCAAGUCAACAUGGUGCUCAAAGCGAUCGAAAAGCAAAUACGCGAUGCGGUGAAUGAAUCGAUCGUACUGCCCAACAUGGACGACCUGGCCUUCUUUGACACAAGACACCUUCGAGCUCGAGGUGGUAUCUUUGAUGAAGCUGCUAAGAACAACGACGCCGAGGUCAAGGCCGAUCUUGGACCUGACGGUCUGGAGCCGAUUCCAGUCAGCAAGCCGAGGGCGACCGGCGACGAGAGCGAUCUUUCGAGGAAAUCGUCGGUCAAGCCCCGGCAGCCUCCCUCGUUGGCUGUACAGGCUCUGGAUCUCCCUCAAGGCAAGGCCGCAAGGCUUGCUCAAGCCGAAGACGAUGCUCAAUCGAUCGGAGGCGCUUCACAACAUAGCAUCACCAAGUCGAUCUCCGUGAGCACCAAGAAAUGGCUUGCGGCAAAAGCCGGCGUGAACGAUACGAAUGCCGAGGAUGACCGUCACUCAUCGGAGCCUGUCACUCCGGUUUCACUCAACACCCCUGCCAAAAGCGCAAUCGAAAAGACCGGGGUCGGAUUCGAGAUAAGGUCUGCCGGCCAAUGGACAGCGGCUCAAGCGAUGGACACGUCCGUCGAAGCGACUGCCUCCGGCGACAAGGUCAUGGAUCGCGCCCAGGACGACGAUGUCAGUCUUGACAAAUUGCCGCCGACAAUGAACGCUGUUCAGCAGGGGUUCGUCCCGCGUGGGACCUUGGUAAGCAGCAGCACGGACGCCGAUAUUGCCGCGGGUGGAUCCGCUGCAACUGCUGCUGCCCUCAUGAACAACAUCAGGGCAAGAACCGCCGACAAGAAGGCUUUGCAAAGUUCGGUCAACGAAGCCCGUGAUGCCAUGCGAAAAUGGGGCAAGAAUUGGGCUGCAAAGAGGACUGGCGGUGUUACGGGACAAAUCGCUCAGGAUGCGGAGAUUUCGCAAAAGCUUCAAGCGGUCGAGCAGCAGAUCCAAAAGACCCAGGAUGGAGCCUCUCCCAGCAGAUCGAUCGAUCCAUCCCCGCGACUGGGCACUAGUUUGCAGGAGCGACUCGCCAUGGCCGCUGUUCAGGCAGCUUCACCGUCGAGCACAAACACAUCUCUACCUCGACAGAGCCUCGACGGCCAACCAUCCGGCAACGUCCCCUCUAAAUCGACUAUCUCGUCCGAAGAUAGGCGACGAGAGUCGUUGAGCGAAGGUCGACCCGCUCUACCUGUCCGUCAACAACCGGCCGGGGUAGCAGCCAUGACCGUGCCUCGUAUACCGAAGCGCCCAGACGCUGUCACCGCGAUCAGCAGCGAAGCACAUCUUUCUGAAACUACCGCUAACGUUUCGUCCGUCACGGCCACGCGUACAUCUUUGGGCACUAGCCCGAAAGCCCCAGCCGUGAUCGCGACGGCUUCCGAUCUCACAUCCGCCACGCCACCUUCAGGUUCGACGAGCAACCUAUCGCAAUUAGUCUCGCCGUCUCGAGCUAUUACCGAGGUCUCCCGUAAUCCCAGUCGUCCCGAGACCCCAGAACGGUCGUCCAGGCCACCGUCGUUGCCAGCCAGAUCUCGAGCGGCCUCGAUCAAGGGCUUUGACCUCCCCAAAGAAGCGGCCAAAGUGGUGCAGCAUCAAAAUCAGACUGACGGACCCCUCACACCGAGUAAAUCGGCACAAGAUACCUUGAAGGGGCUCGUCGCCGCCGACGAGAGGUCUCGAGCAGUCUCCAAACCGAGCACCCCGACUACCGAAAGGUAUCCUCCUAUCUGAGCGAAAUCGAGUCAACAACUAUGUGUUCAUGCAGAGU